AUGGCAUCUCACGGAGACGGCGGCAGCAGCCUCGUCUGCGUGACGGGAGGCAGCGGCUUCGUUGGCUCCUGGCUCGUCCGCCUCCUCCUCGAUCGCGGUUACACCGUCCACGCCACCGUCAAGAACCUCGAGGACGAGAGCGAGACGAAGCACCUGCAGGCCCUGGAUGGAGCGGACUCGCGACUCCGGCUGUUCCAGAUGGACCUCCUCGAACCCGACUCCGUGCGGCCGGCGGUCGAGAGCGCCCGCGGCGUCUUCCACGUUGUUUCUCCGGUCAUCCUGCAUCCUACACAGGACCCUGAGAAUGAGCUGGUGGAGCUUGCGCUGAAGGGCACGCUGAGCGUCCUCCGCGCCGCGAAAGAGUGUGGAGUCGGCCGUGUUGUCAUGGUGUCAUCGCAGACGGCCAUGGUGCCAAAUCCUGCGUGGCCUGCUGACAAGGUCGUAGAUGAGGACUCCUGGGUCGACAUCGAGUAG